AUGUCGACGUCAAGUUCCAAGGAGACUAAUAGUUCGAUAACUUUGCCAACACUGCGUUUACUGCGAAGUCAGCCUUCUCCGAAUAGCGAUAAAGCAGAUGUUUCUGAUGUAAAUAUUGAUGUUGAAGAUGAUGCAACGACAUCAGCCAAAUCUGAUGUGAGUAGUUAUCAGAUUAAAGAUGCUACUUCCGGAAUAUCAUCAACAUCGUAUGACAAGAAACCGUGGAUCAGAUCCCGGUCUUUAGAAGUACUGCCAAGUGAAACCCUGCUUGAUUCAGGGCCUACUCGCAAGUGUCAUUAUCUGACCAUAUCUGGACUGACAGAUAAGAAAAGACUCCAAUUAAAGACUGCAUUGCAAAGACGAUUCUAUGAUAAUUACAUUGAUAAAAAUGGUUUGACUUUGAUCUACUCACGACAUGAGAAAGUUCCAUUUAAAGACUUUAGCAAUGAGGUUCGUGCUAUUAAGGAUGUCCAAAACUUUAUCAAUCAGACAGCUUUACUACUUCAUAUGGAUGAAACUAAUUUGAAUAGAAUUAUUGUGAAAAUCCUAAAGAAGAUGUUGGGUCACUUGGAAAAUUAUGAACAAUGCAAGAUGCAGGCUGAAAAGCAUCUCUUCACAAGAGACAAAGUGCACCAGCUGAGUCGCACAUUACAGUGUUCUACCAUAGAUGCAAGUGGAGGUUUUGUUUAUGAACAGAACUUUGUAUGUGCCAUAUCCAGUAUAUUAUAUAUUCAGAAUAGUUUUGUUGGAAUCGGACGUCUCAAUAAACCAACAAAUUUUGGUCAAACAUGUGAAGAAGUGUCAUUUGUUGUUGUAAUUCUCGCUCCAAUCAGAGAGAAAGGGACAAAGAAUGAACUUGAAAUUGGCCGAACAUUUGCAACAAUGUUGUCCAACAUGGAUUUCCGACAAGCACUUUUGAAUGCUCCCAACAAAGAGAAAUUUUUGGAUGCACUAAAAGAGCAGAUGCAUAUUCUAUCCGAGUAUCAUCGAUACAGUGAAGCCAUUGUGCCAAAUUUCGACAGAGAUUUACUGACAAAGAAGGUAACAUUUCAUCCAUUCAGAGGACUACGUGGAGAUUUCAAAAGGCGAAUUGUUCAUUACAAGUCAGACUAUCUGGAUGGCGUUUCCGACAUAAAGACCAUUCAAAAGGUCAUAUCUACGACAUUCUUCCUUUACUUUGCCUGUCUGCUGCCAUCCAUUGCCUUUGGAGUGCUCAAUGCUUUCAAUACCAAUGACAUACUCACUGUUGAAAAGGUUCUGUAUACCCAGACAUUUGGUGGCCUGGUGUUUGCAGUGUUUGGUGGCUCCCCUCAGAUUGUGUUGCUUACCACGGCACCUCUUGCUCUGUUCACAAAAAUUAUCUUCAGUAUCUGUGAAGAUUAUGAAAUGCAGUUUCAGUCCAUGUACUGCUGUGUUGGACUCUGGAAUGCCUUCUUCCUGGUGUUGUAUGGAAUUUUUAAUAUCAGUAACUUCAUGCAGUUUUCGACCAGAUCAACUGAAGAAAUAUUUUCUUUAUUUAUUGCAACUGCCUUUGCUCAUGGUGCAUUCAAGAAUAUGUUUGCCAAUUUUGAUGACAACUACCAUGUCCUUGCCUGCAAGCAACCUGGUGACGCCAGGAAGGUGCAGUUGACAACACUGCUGACUAAAACAUCCAUAGUGACGACAUCAACACUUACUGGUAUUGACAACAUCACUGAGCAGACGUGGCAGAUCCCAAGCCUCGAAAGAUGUCACCGCGAUAUCAGCAUGCUCUACCUCUUGCUUCUUUUUGGCACCGUGUUGCUUGGGGUGACACUUUUCAAAUUUACAAACAAACCGUAUCUGACUGCAGGGAAGAGAGAGAUAUUUUCAGACUACUCACUACCAGCAGCUGUUAUUAUAAUGUCCGUUAUUGGUUCAUAUUUCUUCCAUGAUGUCAAAAUGGGUAACAGUUUCAACUCCUACAGAGAUCCAAACCUGUUUCAACUGAACACAAUGGCAGAUCUUCCCGUUGGGGCAAUAUUUGCAGCCAUGGCACUUGGAUUUGUUUUGUCCUUGCUCUUUUUCAUGGGUCAAAACAUAUGCUCUAAAUUUGUGAAUGAUCCCAAUAACAGAAUGAAGAAAGGCUCUGCAUACCACUGGGACCUGCUGGUUAUAGCAUUAGUGAAUGCCGUUCUGUCGUUAUACACUUUCCCCUGGUUGCAUGCAGCUCUACCGCAUUCUCCAAUGCAUGUGUAUGCUCUCGCGGACAUGGAGGAACGAGUGGAACAAGGAAAUAUUCAACAAAAAGUUGUAAGAGUGAGAGAAACACGACUAACGGGGAUUUUUUCUCACAUCUUGAUCGGUCUGAGUUUACUAAUCUUGCCGGUGUUGUGUAAAAUUCCUAUCCCAGUCCUGUACGGUGUCUUCCUAUACCUGGCAGUCACAGCCAUGUUAAGAAACGAGAUAGUUGAACGAAUUACCUUGUUGUUCAUGGAGCAGGCUGCCUAUCCUCCAAACCACUACAUCCGGCGAGUGCCCCAGUGGAAAAUUCACAUGUUCACGAUGAUACAGAUUGCGCAGUAUGCAGUGCUCUGUCUUGUGGGCUUUUUGGGAAUUUCCUAUAUGAAAAUGUUUUUUCCUGUCCUUAUUUUACUUCUCAUUCCCAUCAGACACAAACUGCUGACAAAGAUAUUUCGUCGGAGAUGCCUCAAAGCCAUAGACGGACAUUAGCGGUUUAGUAUCCUGCCCUUACUUUUAUGAAGAAUGCUUUUGAACUGUAAAUUACUUUUACAAAUAUUAUGAGUAAUAAUGUAUGUUUAUUAAAUUUUUUAUAUAUGGUUAAUUAUGUUUGAACCUUUAUUUUACAGAACAUAUCACAUAUUAUAAUAUUUAUUUCUGGCUGAUGAGUGGUUCAAAUUCCAUCAAAGCUGGCUCAUAGUUUUAUUCAUCUUUCUCAGCUAUCAUUCUUUGUCCUUAUCUUAAUAUAAAACAAUAGUACCGGUGACAUACAUAAAUAUGUUAUUGGUAUGAUUCGAUUCUAAUUAUGUGAAAUGUUUGCAAUGAGAUGGAUGAACAGUUUGUUUUGGACCAACCACCAUCCCAAGUUGUUCCUACAUGUGAGGUUUGAUGGUCCUGUAUGCAUCUGUAUGCAAGA